CGGCCGCGGGAGCGCGCGCGGUGGAGGAGGGCGCCGGAGGCCGUGGAGCCGCGAUCGCCGCCAUAUUAAGGAUCGCGGAGCCCGGAAUCCCGUCAGCGGCGGCCGGGGCCGGACCCGGCGGGGCUGCGGGAAGCAGAGGCCGCGUAGUGCAGCGCCGGAAGAGGCGGGGCCGGCGGAACCAGCGGGUGACGGGAGCGAGCCAGGCUGACCUUGGCUGGCUGACCUUGGCCGGCAGGCCGUGCCUGCCCUGUGUCACCAUGGACCAGGACUACGAGCGGCGCCUCCUCCGGCAGAUUGUCAUCCAAAAUGAGAACACGAUGCCAUGUGUCACAGAGAUGCGGCGGACCCUGACACCUGCCAACUCCCCCGUGUCCUCCCCCAGCAAGCAUGGGGACCGCUUCAUCCCCUCAAGAGCCGGUGCCAACUGGAGCGUGAAUUUCCACAGGAUCAAUGAAAAUGAGAAGUCUCCCAGCCAGAACCGGAAAGCCAAGGAUGCCACCUCGGACAAUGGCAAAGAUGGCCUGGCCUACUCGGCCCUGCUGAAGAACGAGCUGCUGGGAGCUGGCAUCGAGAAGGUACAGGACCCGCAGACGGAGGACCGCAGGCUGCAGCCGUCCACACCCGAGAAGAAGGGCCUCUUCACGUAUUCCCUCAGCACCAAGCGCUCGAGCCCUGACGAUGGCAACGACGUGUCUCCCUAUUCCUUAUCCCCCGUCAGCAACAAAAGUCAGAAGUUACUGCGAUCGCCACGGAAACCCACCCGCAAGAUCUCCAAGAUCCCCUUCAAGGUCCUGGAUGCUCCCGAGCUGCAGGACGACUUCUACCUGAAUCUGGUGGAUUGGUCCUCUCUCAACGUGCUCAGCGUCGGGCUGGGCACCUGUGUGUACCUGUGGAGUGCCUGCACCAGCCAGGUGACCCGACUCUGCGACCUCUCAGUGGAAGGGGACUCGGUGACCUCCGUGGGCUGGUCUGAGCGGGGGAACCUGGUGGCCGUGGGCACGCACAAAGGCUUCGUGCAGAUCUGGGACGCAGCCGCAGGGAAGAAGCUGUCCAUGCUAGAAGGGCACACGGCACGUGUCGGGGCGCUGGCCUGGAACGCCGACCAGCUCUCGUCUGGGAGCCGGGACCGCAUGAUCCUACAGAGGGACAUCCGCACCCCACCUCUGCAGUCGGAGCGGCGGCUGCAGGGCCACCGGCAGGAGGUGUGUGGGCUCAAGUGGUCCACGGACCACCAGCUCCUCGCCUCGGGGGGCAACGACAACAAGCUGCUGGUCUGGAACCACUCGAGCCUGAGCCCCGUGCAGCAGUACACAGAGCACUUGGCGGCCGUGAAGGCCAUCGCCUGGUCCCCGCACCAGCACGGGCUGCUGGCGUCCGGCGGUGGCACAGCUGACCGCUGCAUCCGCUUCUGGAACACACUCACGGGGCAGCCACUGCAGUGCAUCGACACGGGCUCCCAGGUGUGCAACCUGGCCUGGUCCAAGCACGCCAACGAGCUGGUGAGCACGCAUGGCUACUCGCAGAACCAGAUCCUGGUCUGGAAGUACCCGUCCCUGACCCAGGUGGCCAAGCUGACCGGACACUCCUACCGGGUCCUGUACCUGGCCAUGUCCCCUGAUGGAGAGGCCAUCGUUACUGGUGCUGGAGAUGAAACCCUGAGGUUCUGGAAUGUCUUUAGCAAAACCCGUUCAACAAAGGUAAAGUGGGAGUCCGUGUCUGUCCUCAACCUCUUCACCAGGAUCCGGUAAACCUCAGGCAACGCCAUCCAGGGCCGAGGAGCGCCGCCUGUCAUCAUGUGCAUGGACCUGCCUUCCCCGCUCGUCCCCAGAAGCAGCAGCCGGGUGGGCGGGGAGCCGGGCCUGGAGAGACCCUGAAGAUUCUCAUUAAAGCCUGAUUGCCAACCCUGUCGGCGAUGUUUGGGGCGGGGACGUGGUCGGGCAGCCGCUGGCACGGGCUCCAGCUCCCUCCACACUGUGGCCCCGUGGCCCCAGCUCCAACUGUCUGCACUCUGAGCGGGAUGGACGCCUCCCUGGACCCCCGCCUGCUUCCCUUGUGUUCGUCUGCCUCACUGGGCUGCAUGCUCUUCCCAGAAGCACGUGCUCGCCGUUGUCACCGCCCGCGCCUAUGACCGGGCACAGCUGGACACCAGGCCGCCCAGCCAGGAUAGGUCCCAACAGGAGGAUGGUUCAGGUCAGCCCAUGGAUGGAAGGGACACUCCUGCCUGACAGGUCCCUUUUCGGCCAUCUCUGCUGUCCCUGUGCCGGCAGCCAUCCUGGGGACUUUUCCAGGGGCCAGGCAUUGGGAGCUGGCCCCAGGCGGUCUGUGCACCGGAGGAGGUCAUCUCGAGCUGGACUUGUGUAAGGAAAACUGAACUUGGGUCCACUCGCUGUCAGAUGCUUGCCCUGACCCUGCAUUGUCCUUGUCAUGGACGGUGUCACAGCCAAGCUCUGUCCCCAGGCGGGACUCUGGUUCUUGGGGCUUUUCUGGGCCUAUAGGUCCAGGUAACCUGAGAGUGGUGCCUCACCCUCCUCUCCAGCCCCUUCCCCCCAGGCCACCCGUGUCCUGUCCAUCUGCACCUAUGGCCAUGGGGAAGCCAGGGAGGAGAGCGCGUGGAGGGGCGCCCCUUGAUCCCCCCAGUGGCUUCCUGAGUGUCCCCUGACCCUGGCCCUGAGCUGCAUUUGGAUACCACCCUCUCUGGCCUCAUGUCAGUCAAGACCUGGAGAAGUCAGAGAGAGGGAGGUGGGCCCAGGUGUGGCCAGGGGCCCAAGCAGCCCUCAGCCUCUUCCCCCUCUGAACAGAGGUCAAUGACAGGAAGUCGCCUGGGCCGAGCAGGCCUCCGUGGGAUGGAGGGUCACCCAGCUCCUCCAGCGUCCCCACCACGGUCAGCCCCAUGUAUGCACGUGUAUAUAUGUAUUUGUGACUUGGAGUUUGUUUUGUGUUUUUGUAGAUGGGUCCCAGAAAUGUUUGAGGCUAGCUGGGGAGACGGGGUCAUAGCUUUUAAUGCCUGCCUUUGAGAGGGCUGAUGAGCUGAACGUGCUUGGACUUGGGGAGGGUGGGGCCCUACCUCCCCAGCCCCAUCUCGGCAUCUGCCUGCCACAGGGACAGGCAAGGACAGUGUACAUAGACGGAUGUAUUUUGAUUGGUCAAGAACUUAUUUUUGUUUGUUUGAGUUUUUAAUAAGAAAACGAUCCAUUUCUACUGCACCCUCACCCUGUGCGGCUGCCAAAGACCCUAGGAGCUGGCUCUGGGCGUGUGGGACCCAAGCCAGGGAGUGUGACAACAGAGGAGGUGCAAAAUGUGUGCUCCUUGCCGGCGAGUCUGGUGGGCUGGGUGCGGGAGGGUGCCCGGCGCAGAGCCAGCCUGUUUCUCAUGUAACAAAUGUCAUUGUCAUUAAACCAGCUGUGGGUUCAUGCA